AUGCUACAAGCACUCAAAAAACAAGUACAUACAAUUGUCCACAAACAAGCAAUGUCUACGAAAUCAGCACACUCAUCAAUCGUCGAUUACGGCGUGGUUUCACCCACACUUAACGUCCCGGAAGGAGCACAAGUUGCAACCUAUGGAGCAGGAUGUUUUUGGGGAGUCGAGCACAUGUACCGUAAACAUUUCGCUAAACGAGGUCUCAUUGAUUGCAAAGUUGGCUAUGCUGGAGGCGCCAUGACUUCCCCCACGUACAAUCAAGUUUGUACUGGUGGUACUGGUCAUGCCGAAGUUGUUCAGCUUUCAUUUGAUCCCAAAACUGUGAGCUACUAUGAUUUGACUCUCUUUUUUUUCCGCAUGCACGAUCCUACUACUCUUAAUAGCCAGGGCCCUGAUCGUGGAUCUCAGUAUCGAUCUGCUAUUUUUUAUCAUUCUGAUGCUCAGAAAACUGACGCAGAAAGGGCUCGUGAUGUGGCCCAGGAAAAAUACUUCCCAGGUGCUCGUAUUGUCACCCAAAUUGUAAAAGCCGAUAGCUUUUGGGACGCAGAAAAGUAUCACCAGAAAUACUUGCAAAAUAAUCCUGGUGGAUACGAAUGUCCAUCACAUUACCUGCGCGGUGAAUCGCAGUUAUAA